GUUCAUAGUGGCCCUGUACCGGUGUCAGAAACACCUCGUUUUCGGCGCUUUGAACCACAAGCUCCUUUUCCUAAGGACGUUGUCACUGGAAAGGUGAAAAACAGAAGGCCUAGCGGAAAUCCAUUACUUGAUUCGAAGAAAUUACGGGGAAAAGUGGCCAGUGUUAACAACGAAUUGAUCAAACCAAUUGAUUUUGAUUUGCUUAAUACUGACUUCGAUUUCGACGCUAAUUUAGAGAAGUUUAAAAAAGAGGACUUCGAUGACGAAUAUUAUGAGACAGUGGAAAAGCAGAAAAUAUCUCAGAAUUUUGCUCAUUAUGAGAACAUUAUUGAUGAUCCCGAUAGGUGUAUUUCAUGGACAAACAUGUGUGGAAAUAAUGGUAUUAUUGGACGAGUUGACGUCUCUAGUAAAUCAGCCACUGAGAGGUUUGUUACGUCUUAUCCGUAUUUGCACGAUUUCAGAUUUGGUAUUUCUCUGGAAAACGUUGUUGUUUUGGCUUCUCGUAGUACUUCUUCUCGUCUCAUUGAUCGUAUUUUAUUCCAUUUGGACAAUAGAAGGUACCGUUUUCUUUCCUUCCUAAUUUAG